CCGCCAUUGUGCAGCGCUCCUCCCAGCGGAGGGUUCCGGCUGUGGCCAGUACCUCAGCAUCUACGCGUCGCCCGGCAGGUCCGGGGCUCCGGUCCGUGCCGGUGCAGGCGCCGGCAUGUGGCUGUGGGAGGACCAGGGCGGCCUCCUGGGCCCCUUCUCUUUCGUGCUGGUGCUGCUGCUGGUGGUGACGCGCAGCCCCUUCAACGCCUGUGUGCUCACUGGCAGCCUCUACCUCCUGCUGCGGUUCUUCAGCUUCGAGCCGGUGCCGUCCCGCCGGGCCCUGCAGGUGCUCAAGCCCCGUGACCGCGUGUCCGCCAUCGCCCAUCGCGGCGGCAGCCACGACGCGCCCGAGAACACGCUGGCGGCCAUCCGGCAGGCAGCUAAGAAUGGAGCAACAGGUGUGGAGCUGGACAUCGAGUUUACUUCUGAUGGAGUUCCUGUCUUGAUGCACGAUAACACAGUAGAUAGGACAACAGACGGGUCUGGCCGACUAUGUGAUCUGACAUUUGAACAAGUUAGGAAACUUAAUCCUGCAGCAAAUCACAGACUCAGAAAUGAGUUCCCUGACGAAAGGAUCCCCACCCUGAGGGAAGCAGUUACAGAGUGCCUCUGCCAUAACCUCACCAUCUUCUUCGAUGUCAAAGGCCAUGCAGAUAUGGCUUCUGCUGCUCUAAAGAAUAUAUACAUGGAAUUUCCCCAGCUGUACAACAACAGUAUGGUCUGCUCAUUCUUGCCGGAAGUCAUCUAUAAAAUGAGACAAACAGAUCAGAAGGUAAUCACAGCCCUGACUCACAGGCCUUGGAGCCUGAGCCACACUGGAGACGGGAAGCCUCGCUACAGCGUCUUUUGGAAGCAGUCUGUGUUUGUGGUGUUGGACAUCUUGCUUGACUGGAGCAUGCACAAUGUCUUGUGGUACCUGUGUGGGAUUUCAGCCUUCCUCAUGCAGAAGGAUUUUGUCUCCCCGGACUAUUUGAAGAAGUGGUCAGCCAAAGGAAUCCAGGUUGUUAGUUGGACUGUUAAUACCUUUGAUGAAAAGAAUUACUACGAGUCCCACCUUGGGUCCAGCUACAUCACUGACAGCAUGCUGGAAGACUGUGCACCUCACUUCUAGACUCCCCAGGAGGAAACACAGAUGCAAAACUGCCUGGAGGCCUUUUGCAGGGACACGAGAACACUCUGUUAGCACAAGCCCUGGGAAUCCUGCGGCUCAUACUAGCAAUAGCCACAGUUUUACCCCAAGCAGAAACCAGGCAUGGCGACCAUGCUCCAAGGAAGGCUCCACACUUGCCCUUAAAAUUCUGGAUCUGCGAAAAGGCAGGGUGGCCCUACCCCAACCCCGCUGAGGGUACAGAGCCAUGAGGAUGAGCAGAGUGGGUCCUGCAAUUAGGGCGCAGGCACCAAUGCAUGGGCUUGCAUGAUCACUCCAAGUUGACAUUUUAAAUCUUGCCAUACUUCAGUAAUUCACUUAUUUCCAAUAUUUGUCGUCAGCUCUGUUAAUGGCGACAUGUAGGUGUCAAACUUGUGACCAUACUAAUAAAAUCAUUGAAAGGUGAACAGAG